CCGGUAGAUAACAACAAGGCAUGUUCUCAGAUGAAUGUUCAAAGUUAAUCGAAAUCCGACAAUCCAUUGUUCUGUUAGCAUGAUGAGUGACUAAUCUCAGUUCUGUUACUAAGACCUUGAUUGGAAAGGAUAUUUAACAAGUUAAAUAUUUAACAAGUUGUCACUGUAUGGUAAGGCCUUUAUUCACCUACACAGGAGUCGACAAGUGUUAUCAGCAAACACGAUAUAAAGUCAAAAUACAUGUUUCAAUACACAUCCCAAAAUAGAAAGUCUACAGGGAUUUUGCAUUGCAUCAGCCAUUAAUAAACCCAGAUGAUGACGUUGAAAAAUUGCGUGAAGUAUCCCAAGUGCUUCUGAAUGGACUAAAGAUAGAAUGAAGCGAUUAUUUGUCGGGGGCCUCUUUCCUGGGGUCACAGAAGACGAUAUUAUUGAGAGAUUUAAACGUUUUGGAGAAAUAACAGGUGUUGAAAUAAAGAAGAAGAAAACAACUGAUACUGCUUCUUUAGGCAACACAUUUGCUUACAUUGAUCUUAACAUCACAGAUGAAAACUUGUCUAAAUGUUUCAGUCUGUACAAUAAAACAAAGUGGAAAGGUCUCUCAUUGAGGAUACAGCUUGCAAAAGAGGACUUUUUGAAAAGAUUGAUUAAGGAGCGUGAGAAUGGUUUUGCUGUGAAACCAAAAAUUAAAAAGCCCAAGGGAAAGCAUCAGGAGCCACUGAAAAAUCCAAAAAUUCAGGAUUUUGUAAUGCAAGGGGCAGUGCCAGGAACCUUGAUAGAGGGGGGAAAGGAUUGGGUGGUUGGAAAAUAUGGUAGAGUGUUACCAAUUGUUCACAUUCCCAGCAGACAUGGCAAGAAAAUCAUGACUGUGGACCCUUCAAAGUUUUGUCAUAAUUUAAAAAGGAUGAAAGAUGACAGGGAUGAUAGCAGUAAUAUUGAUGCUUUGACUUGGCAUUUGAGAGAAGAAAAUCCUGUGCAUUUUAAGAACAAAAAGCCUUACAAAAAAGAUCCAGAUUUUGCAAUAAAAAAAUGUUCAAUCAUAAAAAGAAAGGAAGUGAAAUCUUCUUCAAAUGUAUAUAAAGAUGAUAAUUGUGUAAAUUUUGAUUCGGAUGAAGUGUCAUCUGUUGGUGGAUACACAAGUUCAGACGAAGAUUCCGUUUCAUCAGCUGAUACAGAUAUCAUCAUUGCAAAGCAAUCCCAAAGGAAUCAUCGGAAAAGCUGUGGUUUUCAGGAACCGAACUUGUCUUCAGAUAACCAAGAACUUAAUGUCUCACAGACUGUAGAUGUAAACUCUGAUUGUGGGGAUAGCUCAACAUCCACAGAAUUACUUGCCUCCAAAAAUAGCCCUAAUUUGGAUAAUUAUUCAAUGCAUUGGGAGGACAACAGCACUGAUGAUGAAACUAAAAGUCACUUUGAAAAUACUUCACUCAAAGAAAUGACAACAAUAGGUAAUGAGGAAUUAUCAGCAUUUAGAAGUGAAUCAAACAAAACAAUAUCGAACAUUGCCCUACCUCCAUUUAAAGGAACCUCUAGUUUAUAUGGAUCUAGGGAUAGUAAGGUGCAAGAAAGAAGUACAGAAGAUAGAGCUUCCUUUGGGGACCUUCCUAGUACAACCACAGUCACUGUAGUGUCUAGUCAAACUGCUUCAAACAGGACGGAACCCAGCAGUUCUACAACAGAACAGCACAAGCAGGGGGAUAAAGGUGACAUUUGUGGUUUGAUUUCAAUGGGGAAAAAUUUAAAAGUGUUAAAGAAUGACAGGGUUACAGAUUCAAUAGAAAAAGAGAGACAGAAAAGCAGAGAAUCAGAGCUAAAGAGAUUAGAGUCAAUGAUGGAAAGAAGUAAAGAAACAGAAAGGAAAAAGAAAGCCAUUCAUCAAGCUCUUGCAUUGGACAGUGCUGGAGAAAAACCAAACAAAAAAAUUAUUUUUGAUUCAGAGAGCAGUGAUGUCAGUGAAGAUCAUGAAGAGGAUGAAAUUCAACUUGGACAUGACAAUUUUAAUGAAGGGCCGCAAAAGAAACCAGCUCUGUUUGACUCUUCCUCAGAGAAUGAAGAUGAUGAAGAAAUAGAUGAGGAGCGAUUUAGAAUUAGACCAGAAUAUGAAGGGAAAGCAGGCAAACAGCUGAUGAAACUGCAGGCCAGAUUUCAGAAUGAUGAGAGAUUUAGGAUGGAUGAAAAGUUCAUUGAUGAACCUGAUUCAUCAGAGGUGGACUCUGAAGAAGAGGAAAAACAUGGUAACAACAGCCAAAAAGAAACCAGUGAUGAAAAAUCACGAGCCUACAAGAUAUUGGGAGAAGUCCUAGGAACUACAACAGUAGCAAAAGUAGAGAGAAAAAAAGCAAUGUUUAGGGAUGUGUCAGCCAUUCAUUUUGACCCAACAAAGGAGGACCACAAACAGUUUGAAAUGGAACCCAAUAAGAAAAAAGAGAAAGUAGUGAAAACAAACAAAGAUAUUAUGGAUUCUUCAGAUGAUGAAGAAACUCAGAAUGCUGAAAAAGAAAAUGAAGAACUUCCUGAAGUGACCAAAGAAAGGUUCUAUGAAGUGAUGUCCGAUUCCUUCAAGGACGUAUUUUCAGACAAAGGACCAGACUUGGCAAGCAAACCAUUCUCUCUUAUGUCUACUUUUGAAGGAAAACAGGAUAGUGACACCAACGAUCAGGACAUGUUUGAUAGUAAAGUGCCUGACUAUAAGAAACUUGAACAGACUCUAUGGAACCCUGAUGGUGCUGAUAGGAAUGAUUGUGUUAUGUCUUCAGAUCAUGAAGAUGGAGAAUUAUAUAAUCCAGUGAGAUUAUGCACCAGCAACCAAACUUUCUUCUUUUCUUCAGAAAAUGACGAGAGAGUAAAAGAAGGAAUAAGUGCAUUCUACAGAAAGGAAGAUUUUGAUGAAAUCAGAAAAGAAUGGCUCCAAAACAGACAAAGUUUAGUCAAUGCAUACAGGACAAAACACAAGAGUUUGUCAAGAAGAAAAAAGAUGGAAGAGAAAAGGAAGAGAAGAAAAUGAAUAAAUUUCUAGUUUCAAAGAGGAUUCUUUAAAAUUAACAAAAAUAUGAAAGUUAAAAUCAUAUUACUCAAGGAAGGAGUCUUCUGGUUAUCGGAAAAACUUCUUAUAUUGAGAAAUUCAUAAAAUUUUCACACAGUAAAACAGACCAUAUUUCCAAAUGAUUGUUUCAGUAUAAUCAAAUUUGACCAUCUUGUUUUUGCAUCAAGGUCAGGUAAAGGUCAAUACCCUUUUCCUCAACUUAAAGUAGAAUAUAGGGUACUCCAUUUCACUGGAUACAGUAGGUAGUGUUUAUCAAUUCAGGGUUGACAUGGAUUAUGGAUACAGUUCACAUAAAAGAGAACCUGGUUUGCUGUCACAUUGGCAGCUUUUCACUUGUACAUACUAUGAAGACUAUGUAAAGAUAUAAGUUGACAGAAAAGCUAAUGUAUUGACCAUUUAGUAAGAAAAAAAAUCAAAUUUUAGAAAUGUUUUCGCACAAGUUGAAAACCUGAUAAGGCUCCUUCCUAAUGAAGAACUCCAUCACAAUGUUUAAACAAUUACCAUGGAAACCCUUUUCACUUGAACAGGAAUUAUUAAAUUAUAGAAGCUUU